CGAGGAGAGGGGGGAGACUUUGUUACUCCGCCCGAGAACUGUGGUGGGAGGGAGCUGAAGUGAAGUGUGUGAGGGCAGUGGCGAGUUGGGACGCGUCUUUGGAGAGACACGGUGCUGGAGAGGACCCUCCGUGAAUACAUGCUUUCGUCCCUUUAAAACAAGACACAUACAAAGACUUGUGGGUCCGUGUGAGUCACGGCGGAGGCGUCUCAGUGGGUCAGUUGACUCUCCGGUCUGUUGGUUCGUCGGACUGUCCAUCCAAUGUGCGUAAAGGGGCUCUAUUUCCUCACCGUCCUGACUGGACUCGCAGUUUCAGGCGUGCUGCAGGUCAACGGGAUGCGUGUAUACACAUCUGGGGAAAUGGAGGCAGUCAAUGGCACAGAUGCUCGUCUCAAGUGCACAUUCGAGAGCUCCUCUCCGAUUAAUAUCAACUCCAUUGUCAUCACGUGGACCUUUAGACCUCUCAAACCAGGACGAGAGGAGUCGGUGUUCCACUUCCAGCAGCGAGCCUAUCCGCCUACAGACGGCAUUUUCAAGAAGCGCAUUGUUUGGGCCGGUGACAUCAUGGGCAACGACGCCUCUAUUAUAAUUCGCGAGGUCAAGUACACCUACAACGGCACUUACAUCUGCCAGGUCAAGAAUCCGCCAGACGUUCACGGCCCGGUGGGAGAGAUUCGACUCCGUGUUGUCGCUACAGCGUCUUUCUCUGAAAUUCUACGCCUGGUUUUGAUCAUCGCGAGCAGCAUCGCCGGCGUGAUCAUCCUCCUCGUCAUCGUCGUGUCUUGCAGGAGGUGCAAGAAAAGGAGACAGAGACACCUGGAAGGGAGCGAGGAAGCGCCUCGCAAAGAGAGAAAAGACCCCACUGCGUGCCAUCCAUCACGGGCCGUCCAUCUCUACAUGUCGUACACAUCCAUAGAGAUGGACAGUUCAGAUGGCAUGAUCUCAGAAGCCAGCACCAAAGACCCGAGCUCCUCGGAGGAGGAGGGCCCAAGCUCAGAUGAUGAUGAUGGUGACGAUGACUCCGACUGAGGAUGUGGGAAGAGACAGAGAGACAACAACACUGAUGUGAAGCCAGCCAGGAAGUUUGCUGGAGGGAUGCCUACACGGCAUAUGGAUUAAAUUCCGGGAUUCUGCUGAAAGGAGGCAAAAUCAAAAGAGUGCUGUUGUUGUUGCUGCUGCUGCUGCAGUGUGGGAAACAAGCACGCUCUCUCUGAAUAGAGGGAAAAUGGAAAGAAAGUUUUGUGUUUAAGUUUCCACUGAAGAACAGUUUGGGGCGAUGCCUUGGCGAUGGCUUUGAAACAGAAUCAAAAGGAAGCAGCAGUCUGCUUUUGAAAGUGACCAAAAAUAUUCUUGAGUGUGAAGAAAUGCUGUGUCAAACCAGCAGGGCUUAUGAAGUGAAAGGCAAUAUGUUCCUGAAGCUGGUUCAGCCUCAGUUAUGAAGGGGAAGAGGGGCAAUUUAGUGUUCAGUAAGAUCUUGUUAAUUGUCAGGAGUCAAUAUUAAACAAAAUUAGCAACAACAAACAAUUGAUUUCACCAAGGACGCUGGCAUAUAGUGUACUGUGCGUCCUGCAGUAACAGUGAGGACAGUCAUAUACGGCCCUUUACUUUUGGUGUACGUCUGGAACUUUUUUUUUGCAAACAAUGAAUUCUAUUUUUUUUAAAAAGCAAAGAAUUUGUUAAGAGCUUAUAUGUUCCUCCACAAGCUGGCUGAGUCUAUCAACACGUCACAUCACGUCACAUUACUCGGACAAAACAAGCACUGAUGUGAAGUUUCUCUCAUUAAGGCCACAUACUUGAUCGGUGAGCGAGAAAUCGCACAUGCCGGAAUGCACAGUCAGAUCUGAAAACCCUUUGACGGCAAAAAUGUCCUUGACAGGCUCUUUUCUCACUGUGUGCGCCUGUGAAUGCAUCAGGUCUACUAACAAAUGAUUGUGAUUUUUUUGAUUUUUUACUUCUGUGACAUACUUUUCUAAUAGAUGCUUUUUGUUAUUGUUGCAUUCUCUUUUUUUAGAUAAUACCAGAGGUGUUUUGCUCUGUUAUUUUGAAAUGUCAUCGUAUUUGUUUGUCAUAGAGAUUUUUAUUAAAACAAAAACAAGAUUUUCUAAUAAAAAACAAAUGCCUUUAAAUCGUUUACCACAUUGUGUCGCAUGCAUUCCACCACACAGAGUGCAUUUGCGUAGACAACAGUUGGCCCCAGAAACAAAUAAUAGCACAACCUGACAUGAUUUGACACGGCUCAUCUAUUAUGUAGGAGAGGAAUCUCAUUAUUCAACAUUUAUUAUGCAUCAUUAUUUUUAAUGUACUACCGCCAGUUGUGUGCUUAUGGUGUGUCUGUCUGUAGAGUACUUUUCCUUGUUUACCUGUUUACAUUUCAUUGCAUUACUGUUAAUAUCACGGCAGGGAUUUGUUGUUUAAUUUGUUUCAGGCUCAAUAUGUAUUACAUUAGCCAUGCUGCCCUUGUGA